AGAUGGCAAAGCCGACCCGAAACGUUUCAAUGAAGCUUCUGACCCCCGGAGACACAACUGGCGGUAGUGAACUUUUGACAUAUGUUCCUUAUAGGAAAGGAAUGGUGUCGAUGAGGACCUUAACCUGGACUUUUAUUCUAAUGCAGCUAGUCUUUUCGUGUGCAUGUUUUAUAGCUUCAUUGGCGAUUAUAAGUGCAAAAUUUAACUCAGUUUCAGUAUAUGAGGAUAAACAAUAUAUUAGCUUCGAGUGGUGGAUAUUCUGUGGUUUAAGCUUUUCAAUGAUAAUCAAUACUGUAGCAGCAAUGUAUGCACUUGCAGAGCACAAUAGGUUUUUAUUAAUACCGCAUAUUUUUCUUUUGAUUUUAUGCAAUUCCCUUGCUUGUUAUGUGUUACACUAUACAAUUUCAAAUUUCGACUCUACAGAUUUCAACUGGCAUAUUGGCUUAAUGACUAUUAUAUGCACAGAAAGUUUCCUGCUCUCGUGUUUAGUUUUCGAAGUACGUACUCUGCGAUCAAUGACCUAAUCAUAUCAAAUUUCAAAUUAUUUGUUUAUUGACCAAUCCUGCUUUUGCUACUUACAAUCACACUUUUCUGGUUCAUCUCGUCAAUUUUCGCCCUGAUCUUUGUGCUUCAGGACCUAAAACGAUAUCUUCGAUUUCAUAUCUAUUUCAAUUCUGUGAUCACCCUUAUAUACUUCUGCAAGUUGAUCAUUCUUCUGGUAUCCGGCGACAUGGUCACAUCGAUUCUCUGCAUUUUGUGCAAUUUCGUCAACUUUUUCUCGGUUUUCUACGAGAUCAAGAUGGUCUCUGCUUAUUGAUUUUUUUCCUUGACAAAAUUUCUUUGAAAUGAAGUUUUUUUUCUG